CCCAAGCUGCCCAAGGCAGCCCCGCCUACGCAGAACCUGCACCUGGUCCUGGAUUUGGUGCACAAAGAUGAGCAAGGACUUGGGAAGAGAGGCAGUCCGAUCGGGUUGGAUGCUCCGGAGAUCUCGAACGAGGUGGGCUCUCCGCUGACCCCCGACUUGGAGAACGCCGAACUGAGCCCCAUCCUCCCCUUCCUCUACCUGGGCAAUGAGCGGGACGCCCAGAACCUGGAGAUUUUACUCCACCUCAACGUGGGCCAUGUUCUCAACGUCACAACCCACCUGCCGCUCUACCACGCCGAGAGCGGGCGCCUCCGUUACAAGCGCUUACCGGCCACCGACAACAACCGACAGGACCUGCGGCAAUAUUUUGAGGAGGCGUUUGAGUUCAUCGAGGAAGCCCACCAGAGUGGCAAGGGAGUCCUUGUCCACUGCCAGGCCGGCGUCUCACGCUCCGCCACCAUCGUCAUCGCCUACCUGAUGAAGCACACCUUGAUGACCAUGGGCGACGCCUACAAGUACGUCAAGGGCCGCCGGCCCGUCAUCUCGCCCAACCUGAACUUCAUGGGGCAACUUUUGCAGUUCGAAACGGACCUCAACGCCGGCGUCACGCCCCGCAUCCUCACCCCCAAGCUGGCUGGCGUGGAGACGGAGGUGUGAACUGGGAUGGAGCGCCACCGGGUGAUCUCCGUCAACUCUCAGGGCUAGG